UUUGUCUUUUUAUAAAUAGUCUAUGCCAUCUUUUAAAAUCCAGGUUUUAGUCCUUAACCUUUUUUUUUUAUGGCAGGUCCAUGUAACUUUAAUUUCUACUGUGAUUGGUCCUUGGGACACACACUUGACUUCCUGACAAUUGUGUCCAAAAUCCUGAAACACACCUUUGACUUCCUGACAAGUCAUCACCAACUCGCUGUUUCCACGAGCAUAAUGAUGGUCCAUCCAAGAUUCUCACGUUGCAUCCAAAUCCCUUAUCAGCUCAGAAUGGUGGUACUUCGAUCGAGGCCGGUAGAUGGCGGUUCAGGAGAGGGGUCAGGUUCGGGAUCAGGUUCCGAGCCGGUAGAUGAGGGACUACGCGAGUUCAUCGCGUCAGAGAUCACCAGAGGCAUCCUUGAGUCGACCCCCAUCCUCUUUGGGUCGAUCAAAGAAGGGAUCAUGGAGUUGAUGGAGGAUCGCCUUCGGGCAUUUCGGAGUGAUAUGGCAUCUAGCCAGUCGGGAUCUCGCACACUAUCCUUCAAUGACUUCAAGGGCAGUGGUGCACCGGAUUUCCAUGGGGUGAAAGACCCCAUUGCCGCCAGGCGAUGGAUUGCAGACAUCGAGUCUGUACAGUUGACUAGCUUCUGCCCCGAGGGGUCGAAGGUGAGGUAUGCAGCCGGGUGUUUACGGGACCGAGCCCGGGAUUGGUGGGAGUCAGUGGGUGACUCGUUGGGAGCCUCAGCUAUCAAGGCUAUGACCUGGUCGGACUUUGUGACCAGGUUCAGGGCAGAGUUUGCACCGGCUAUCGAGCUUCAGCAGUUGGCCAGGGAGUUUCUGGACAUGAGGCAGACGAUGGAGACUGUGGCGGAGAUCACCGCCAAGUUCUGGGAGAGGGCUUUAUUGGUGCCCCAGUAUGCUGGUGACGAGGAUAUGAGGAGGACCCGCUAUCACGACAUGCUUCGGGCUGAUAUCCGGGAGCACGUUAGUUUUUCAGCUUGCCCCACCUUGGACUCCAUGAUUGCCAGGGCGAGGGAGAGGGAGAUAGAUUUGGAGCACAUCUGGAAACGGAAGGCAGAAGAGGGUCAAUCAGGAGGGGCUUCGGGGAAGAAGCCCAAGGGAUCAGAUGCGGGGCUGAAAGGCCAACAGGGACUGGGACGCUGCAGGAAAUGCGGAAAGACACACGAGGGAGCGUGCCGGUUGGGAUCAUCAGGCUGCUAUAAGUGCGGCAAGCGUGGGCACUUUAGCAGGGAUUGCACUGCUCCGGCAGCAGUUAUUCAGACAUCGGAGUUGUUGUGUUUCCACUGCAACCAGAGGGGCCACAAGAAGGCCAAUUGCCCCCAGUUGACAGUUUCAGCGCCGGUGAAGGCGCCAGCUCCAGCGACUGUGCGGAUCACGGAUGGCCGGCAGGGCAAGGUAGAGGCUCCGGUGGUGAGGAGCCGAGCGUUUCAGUUGACUACCGAGGAGGCACGCGCCGCACCCGAUGUGGUGACGGGUACCUCAUCAGCUAGGGGAAAGGAGCCGACGCGAUAGCAGCAUGUCACACACACACACACUCUCUUGUUUCCGCAGUUAUGAGUUUAUUCUGGGAUUGAUACUCUGAUAUUUGAUUGAUCGUAUGUUGUGGUUUUCAAUUUGGUUUUCGAUGUGAAAUGGUUUAAUCAAACAAUGUUUUAACUAUUAAUGCUUUCAUGUAAUGUUUUAUAACGAAAUUUUUGGACGUGAAAAUUGGGUCGUUACAACACUCCACCCAUCUUCUUCAAGUUCAUUAACCUACAUCUAAAGAUCAGUGAAAAACUAUGAAUCAUAUCUUCCCCACCAUACCUAUGUCCCCUCUAAAUCGCAUCUCCCCCUUAUUUUUUUCUUUCUCUGAUGAGACCAUCUUCUGCCUCUGGCCAAACUUUCACCAGCGACGACUUCGACUUCAUCCUUUUCAAUACCCACUGCAUCUCCUCUACCCUGCACCUUCACCAUUUCAACUGCAUCUUCUUCCUCCUCCCUCUCCACCAGCCACCUGCGUCAUCAAAUAUACCCAUUAUGACCUAAUUGAUUUGACAGUUAAUAUGUGUGAAAUUAAGAACGUAAUGGGGGUUCCCCUAUUUCUAAAGAUCGAAGUGUGUUCCCUUUUUCUCAAGGUCGAUCCAACCAUUUUCUCUUUCAUUUUUCCCUCGAAUUUGUAACACCCAAAAUUUUCAACUGAUUUUUCACAUUUUAAAAACACACUUUCAUUCAUAAUUGUUAUAAAAAUGUCAUUGUAUCACAUAACAAUCCAUAACAACACAUCCCAUGCAAGAUCAUAAUAUGUAAAAGCUCUUCAUGUGUGUAUUGAUCAUGCCGACGCCUUCCCACGAUCCUCACUGGUAUCUAAAACACAUAACACAACACUGUAAGCAUAAAUGCUUAUUGAGUUCCCCAAAAUACCACACACAACACAUAUUAGCCACUCAAGGCUAUAACUCUGUUGACCCUCUGGUCAAUGUGUCUCAGUGGGACCCUCCAGUCCCAUAACUCUGUGGACCCUCUGGCCCUAACUUUGUGGACCUUCCGGUCCUAACUCUGUAAACUCUGUAACAUACAUAACAUAAAUCACAUAGAAAUCACAUCAUGAAAAAGCAUACAAAAUACUCUGUCACAUAACUCUAAUUACCACUCUAGGUAAAGUAUAGUGAGAAGACUCACCUCGGGUAACUCAGUAAUCUCGAACUCGGUAAAAAUCUGGUCUAGCCUCCGCCUCUAGAUGAAGCUCCUUCCUCUGAGGAUCUCAGAUCCAAACUUUCACUUCAAGCUCUAGCCUCCACAAGCUCCUCUCCUUCUUCUUCACUAACACACCAAUGCACUUUUAGCUCAAAACACUCACACACACACUUAGGGACGAAGGAAGUGUUGGAUACAGUGUCUAACUCCAUAACUAUAUUUGGUAUAUACUUGACCCGACCCGGCGUGGUCCAUUUUGGUUGCACUUCACCCGAACAAUUUAUGGAUAAUCUUUUGAGAAUAGUAUAAGUUAUGAUUUAUUAAUAUAGUAUAAGUUCUAAUAUAUUAAUAUAAAAUCAUAUUAUUUAAUUAGUAUUGAUCUAUAAUUAAUCUAGAAUUAAUUUAGAGAUCAAAAGUAUGACUAAUUAAAUAUGGGCUCUUGUAUUUAUAUAGUGUGGGCUAAUGCUUAUUUGGAAUGGGCUAGGCUUGAAUGGAAAGUCCAUGGAUACUCCAUGGAGCUUUAACCCAUGUAUCUCAUGGAAAUGAAAAGACAUGGGUAUUAGGGUUUACAUGGAUGUAACCCUAAUCCACCACACUAUAAAAAGGAGGCUUUGGUUCUUGAAAUCACACUAGUUGUGGUGAGUAAAGUAAGAGGG